CGGAAACGGAAAAUCUUCUCAUCUCGAUUUUAUCCUCAUCCUUUUUUAAUUAAUUAAGUGAAUAAAUUAAUUUAAUUACGUUUUGAUUCUGUUUAAUUCAGAUUAUUUAAGCUUCAGUGCAUCGAUUGAUACCUUGGGUUACGAUGUCGGAUAUUUCCAAAUUGAUCAGGGAGAUUGGCACGGCCAUCACCUCAAAUAUAACGUAUGAAAAUCUGGUUAACAAGAUGACUGAGAAAAGUCUUUGUGAAGCUGUCGUUAAGAUUAAUUGUCAACUACAAAAUGAAAACGAAGUAUCAUCUUGGUCUCCGGAAGAUAUUGUUAACGCUAAUCAGAUUAUUAAAUUCUUUGGUGACAAAGUAAACCUCAAAAAGACUCCGAGGAAAACACCUCAAAAACAGAAGAAUCAAGUACCUGCAAAUCAACAAACCUUAUCACAGUUCAUCGGGAAAAAAAGGUCAAGCGUUUCGAUCCUCAAUGCCCCAGCCAAAAAGAAGAAAGUUGAUCAAGUCGAUUUGGCUAGUACAGGAAGUGAUAAUAUGGAUGAGGCCACAAACGACGGAGUUACGGACACUGAUAUUGACACGGAAGUCGAUAAUGAAACUGAUGCACAACAGUCCGAACUGGAAGAAUUAAACCUCGAUGUAAACGCAGUUGGAGUUACAGUUGAAGACUUUCAUCUAAGUAAAACAAAAAGAUCAAAGGUAAUCUCUAAACGAUACAAAGAAGAAGAUGAGGUUCCUGAGGGUUGGUACAAGGUUGAUCACCUAGCUCCGAAGCCAAUAGUUCUAAUUGAAAAAAUUGAGAACAUUGAUGAGAUUGAUCUCAUGCUUGAACACGUUAAGGGUGUACUCGAGGUUGAAGACUCAGAUUUUGGGGAGAUUGAUGAGAUCGUGACCACGAACAAAUUCGUAAAGGUCACCUUUAAAAAUACUUAUAAUAGAGACCUUUUCUGUCGCUACUCUGAGAAAAACCAAGAAGGUUGGACAGUAACAAUUCCCACCCUACGAAACCCUUGUAUCAGAGUCGUCAAUGUAGACAGUCUGAUUCACCUUAAAGAUGAUGAAAUCAUCGACAGAAUUGUUAAAAAGAAUAGGUUUACACUUAAUGAAGAGACUGUCAUGAAAAUUGUUCACAGGGUUACCCGAAAAAAUGGAAUGACCCUAAUACUCGAAGUCUCACCGAUAAUUAGAGAGCUGAUUUACCGUCGUAAGGGUAAACUUAUGAUUGGAUACAAGAGUUUCCAAGUAUCCGACAGCUUUGCACUUAAAACAUGCCACACUUGCCUCUCAUAUGGUCACAACAAUUGUAAUCAACAGAUCUACUGUCGAUAUUGUAGCUUAGGUCAUUUAGGCAAAUGUAAGAUUAAAGGUAACAAAAAACUCUACAAAUGUAAGUCGUGCUUGCGAUUAGGUCAUCAAUUCAACGACCCCUCUUGUGAAGUCUUCCAAACUAAAAUGUCCUUCGAACUCCAGUACAUUAACUACACCUAUGAGUGGGUCAUGGCCGGUAAACUCGAAUGAAUACCUG